AUGGAGGACUCUCCGCUCGCGGAGGCGUCCCACGCGCCGUCCAACAACAUCUGGCACGUGGACUACAAUGCGACUGUGGCGAAGGACGCAGCCAUGGGCUGGCAAGGUAUGGGCUUCGUGCUGGGCUUCAACGGCGUCAUGUUCCUCGUGGCGCUUGCCAUCUUCCAAAGAGGCGCACGCAGCACGCGCUUCAGCCUCUUCCGCUUCGGGUCCAGCUCCAUUUUAUCGGCCAGAGCGCAAGAAGCCGCUCAGUUUACACUUAAGAAGUGGGGCGAUCUCCUGUGGCGCACUCCCAUUAGAGACACGGACGUGGAGAUGCGACUGGGUCCCGAGGGCACGUUCUACCUGCUCUACCAGCAGUACACGGCGCGUUUCCUGGGUGUUCUCAGUGUAUUCGCUAUGGUAGUUUUACUUCCUCUUUAUCUCACUAUUGGAGCCAACGCCAUGCAACAAGUGGAAGCAGCAGCAGAGGCCGCAGUCAAGGGGAUUGAAGCCAUCGCACAAGGCUCGACUGAUGGAGCCACAGACCUCUACGCGGUGGACGAUGCUGCCAGUGAAAUGACAAGCGGCAGUGCAGCUCAAGAGGAUGAUACGAAGUGGUGGUCUUUCGCUCAUGCCACGAUCCGAGUCAUGCCGCACGAGUCCCCGUAUCUGUGGGUACCGGUAGUCAUGUGUUACUUGACAACAAUUGCGUUUCUACUGUACUACAGACAACUCAGUGCAUUGGCUACAAUCCCCACUCAUAACCCGAGACGAGACCACAAACUGGCAGGGUUAACACAACGCUCGUCGUCCAUUAUGUCGAAUGGCACCAGUGUAGCCACUGCGGGCCAGACAGCGGGAGAAGAGAAGAGUGUUAAUGCUGCAGAGGACACAGUUACGCCAGAAGUCAUUGUAUCGCCAGGUAAGGCGAAGACAGAGGCAGAGGAUCCGGAGAAACAACCUCUGCUGGGUAAAGACAAGGAGAUGGCUACAUUGGACAAGACUCCGGAGCGUACCCAUCUUAUCGGAAUGCAGCCAUCUUCGUUAAGCAACCGAUCGCUGUUUGUGGACCGCGGAGUACCCAAGAACCUCCGUGAACAGCGCAUGUUACGUCUAUUGGAUGAGGUCUUUCCUGGCUAUGUGGAGGAUGUGAGUGUAGUGUUUAAUCUGGCCGAGUUCCACAGUCUACAAGCUCGUCGUCGUCAAGAAGAGACGGAUUUGGCUCGUAUGAAGAUCCUACACCAACGCGAACUUAAUGGGGAGAAGCCGUCGUGGUCGCUGCGUUUAUUACCUGGCGGCGUGAUGAUCCCGUCGCUUCGAUUGGUGUUUACCAAUUUGUUCUGCUGCUUCAGAUGGUGCGCGAAGCCUGUUCCAAUGGAGGAACAAGAGGAGCAGCUUGCCAACCACAUCAAGAAACUUCGAGAGAAGGAAAUGACAUGUCUGUCUCGUAUUUUACAUGAGAACAAAGGAGCAGGACGCGCGUUCGUCAUCUUCAAGUCCGCCAGACUGCGUGCUCGCUUCGUCCGUCGCGUUAGGAACCAAAGUAUCACGUCCAUCUUGGCUAGAUUCCCGGAGCAUUCACAGCCUCGACUGGUGCGGUAUGUGCGUGAACUGGGACUGACUCGAUGGCAUCUGGAAGCAGCACCUGAACCCGAUGAUAUUGACUGGCAGAGCGUGUCCUUCCCGUUCGCUAAGCGCACAGUUGUGGUGUUGCUAGUGAACGUCUGCAUCCUCGUGGUUCUGCUACUGUUCACGUCUCCAAUUGCAGUGACUUCAGCCAUUUCCAGCAGCUCUUCGUACUCUACCGGGGCGGCUCAGUCGUUGUCGGACCUUGUGGCUCAACUGGGUGAUCUACUGAGGAAGGUGUCGCCUCGUAUGGCCAAACUACUUGCCAACUACAUCCCAACUCUCAUCCUGGUGAUGAUCAACGCAGUGCUGUUGAAUGUACUUCAGAUCGCCGGUCGUAUCCAGCCUAUAUCGACAGACUCAGCGAAGGAACGCUUGAUCCUACGUACAGCUUCCGUGUACUUGAUCUUCAACACCAUCUUCGUCCCCAGUCUGGCGUUCAUGUCCAUCGACGCCGUGUUGCUGUAUCUAGAGGAUGAUGGCGAGGUGCUGGGUAUGCUGGGUACGUUGUUCCUGCACAACUCCGGGAUAUUCUACGUGGACUACAUUCUCCAGCGCUGCUUCCUCGGGACUGCUCUGGUGCUGCUACGUGCCACUGAGUACGUUAAAUUCGCAUGGGCCAAGCCGCGUGCAUUGACCCCAAGGGAACAGGUGCAAGCUGUGGAGGCGGAUCUGUUCUAUACCGGUACACAGUCGGCCAUGCAGAUCAGUACGCUGACUGUAGUGCUCAUGUUCAGCACCGUCGUGCCGUUGAUUCUACCUCUAGGCACACUCUACUUUGUGAUGCAACACGGUGUGGACAAGUACUCGCUCCUGAAUGUACGACGUCGCAUCAAAGGACGCGGUAGCAUCGCGCGCACUGCCACCCAUGCGACGUGUGUGAGUCUGUUACUGUAUCAAGGUGCCAUGAGUGGCUUCAUUCUCGAACGUGGCACCACGACGCAGAGUGCUGCCGUGCUCGUGUUGCUUAUGGGUACAUAUAUCGUCGUGCUGUGGGGUUACGUACGUGACAAGGAACAGCAGCACCACAUGAUCGCACGUAGCGGACACAACAGCUUGGAGCACAGCAACAGUCUGCAGAGUUCUGGUGUACCCAUGAAGACUGAGUUCCCGUUAAGUAUGUUGAAUUCCAGUCUCCAGCCAUUGGAAGAAAACGAUUCGAAGGAUCAGGAACAAGGUAAAGAGCAAGGAGAGCCCGAAGAACCACCUGCAGGCGACGAAGAGGCUUCGACUGCAGAGUCAGCGUCUACUCGACGACCACUGGAGACACUCAGCGAGUCCUCGGCACUGCUGAUGCUCCCGACGAGUAGCGACCCGGAUCUGUUGACGGAUCACUUGCUUUUGGUCGUCGUCGAGGCGAGCAUCUACCCAGAAGUUCUACUAGGUACGAGCAACAAGUCGCUCGUUAUUGUGAGCAAGGACGGCGGUGCACAGGACAUGAAGCUGCAGGAAUCCAUCGCUGCACCCAUUUCCGCUGUAGCCAUUGCCCCCAACGGUCUGUUCAUGGCUUUAUUCACACAAGACGGCAUCUUGACAGUGCUUAACACUAUGAUGGACAAGAAGAUCUUGUCUUUCGACACGCAGAGCAAGGCCAGUCCCUUGAGUAUGUGUUGGUGUGGAGAAGACUCGGUGCUCAUGUACUGGCCCAGUGCUGGACUGGUCAUGGUCGGACCGUACGGCUCGUGGCUACGCUUCCCUUAUUCAGAGAGUAUCAUCCUGGCACAGGAAGUGGACUGCUGUAGAGUGUACAGUGCUUCGUCACACGAUAUCGUGCUCAGAGUCCCGACUUGUGUGGAGAACAUCAAAGGCGUGGGCUCUACAGCCCCCGCUGCGAUGCUGUACCAAGCUCUGGAUGCCUUUGAUUCAGGAGACGCCAAGGCAGACGAACACAUUCGCUUUAUCCUGAGCCAGAACGCCCUAGAGGACGCUAUCAAGGACUGCGUGGACGCUGCUGGUAGUGAGUUCGACUACGCUUCCCAGACGACGUUGAUGCGUGCUGCGUCAUACGGCAAAUGCUUCGUGGACUCGGCUAUGGACGCGUCUUCGGCUCUUCCAGGCGGUGCUGGCAGUGGAGGCAACGCUAUGAUGGACGCCGAGCUGUUCGUGGACAUGUGUCGCAAGAUCCGCGUGCUGAACGCUCUGCGUCAACAGGAGAUCGGCUUCCCCUUGACCGUCACGCAGUUUGAUCGCCUGACAGCUGAAGUGGUCGUGAGUCGCUUGGUGGCGAUGCGUCACCACUUUCUGGCGCUCAAGAUCUGCGAAUAUCUCAAGAUCCCGACGGAUCGCGUGCUGGUGCAUUGGGCUUGCGAGAAGGUCAAGGCCGCGACGUCGUCCAAUGUGUCGGACGAAGAGCUGGUGGCGCUUGUACGCAAGAAACUCAAGAACGCGACGUUGGUCUCGUACGCGGACAUUGCCAACUGCGCUGAACGCGUGAACAGACGACGCCUGGCCACGAUGUUCUUGGACUUGGAGGAGAACGCGUCGGAUCAAGUGCCGUUGUUGCUGUCGAUGGGCGAGGAACGCGUGAACAGACGACGCCUGGCCACGAUGUUCUUGGACUUGGAGGAGAACGCGUCGGAUCAAGUGCCGUUGUUGCUGUCGAUGGGCGAGUUCGAGCUGGCUCUGCGCAAGUCGCUGGAGUCCAACAACACGGACCUUAUCUACAUGACUCUGUUCCACUUGGAGCGCACGUUGCCGUCUAUGGACGAGUUCCGCUACGUGCUGAACCGCGAGCCCAUGUACGCGGAGGCUGUGAACCUCAUGUUGCUGUACUACCGCGCGACCAAGAGCUCUGGUAGUCCGGCGCUGUGGACGGAUGUGGCUAGCGCGGAGAACGAUCUGCUGCUCUCGUUCAAGUCUACAGACGUGGAGGAGAAGCUGACGGCGCUGAAAGACGCGACGACCAAGUACACGAACGCCAAGCUGCCGUCCCAUGCCAAGCUGACGGAGGAACAGAUGGAGUUGCUGCAGGAACAAGGCAAACUGGAAGAGAAGCCGGAGAAUGUCAAGCGUCGGAAACUCGUGGGCUUGUCCAUCUCGAACACGAUGAAGCUGCUGCUGCGGGAUUCCAAGUACGAGCCGAAGUUGCUGCCGUUAGUGGCGGCGUUUGCCAAGAAGUUUAAGGUCCCGGACAAGCGCUUCUACCGCGUCAAGAUCAAGGCUCUGGCCGAGACGCGGCAGUGGGACGCGCUGCACAAAUUCUCGAUGGAGAAGAAGACGCCGCCCUGUGGCUUCAAGGCGUUCGCGAUCGCGUGUCUCGAGGAAGGAGAGAAGCAACAGGCCGAGAACUACACGGCCCGCAUCACGUCGGUGGACGAGAAGUUCGAGACGCUCAUCCAUCUCGACAUGUACAGCGACGCACUGCAGUUGGCGAUUAAACUCAAGGACCCGGAGAAGCUCACGAAUGUGCGCAACCUCUGCAACGACGACAAUAUCUGCAACCAGGCAGACAAGGCGGCCAUGGAACUCGGCUUUGUGUCGUAGGCGAAGGAAAGGGUAUCGUACAGAUCGACGGCAACCAUAACAAUCAAAUCAGCUAGCACGGCUAAUGUUUUAUUCAUGCGUAAAUUCCACAACGCUGCCAACGGUGCGAAUCUGAGAUCCCAUAAAUAAAGUACACAACGCUGCCAUGAAGCAAGCUGGACAGGCAGUAAUAUAC